AUGUUUGAUCAUCUGCGUCCGCAACGCUCCUACGCAGUUUCGUUCCAUCACGUACAGCUGGCACUGAAGUACUCUCGAAUGAAGGAAAAGCACCAGGAUUGUCGAACGAACAUUCUUCAAAAUUUUGAGAUUCGUCCAGUCGGCUCUCCUAUCAUCAAGACAUUCGCCGCAAAGCCGAAGGUCGUCAACGCCAGAUUCAUACUGUUGGCGACAUACGUCCUGUAUGCAGGUCCGCUUCGAGACGCAGCAAAGAAAGAUUACGACAAGUAUAUAGUAUUCUGCCCUCACCACCAUUUUGGCCUUGGCACGGGACUAGGCCACUCCUUUGCCGCGAUUUUGCAAAAGGCUGUUAUCAAUGCGGCGACUAUGCCAGAUCAACACACUGUGCUGUUUUCAUGUGAUCGCUGCCCAACAGACUAUUCGGUGGUGGUCCAAGAUGGUGAGGCCGUCCUCGAGGCUUGGCAUGACCUGGGAAAUGGAUUCUCUGUUGAGGAUCCCAGCUGGCAAAGUCACCUUUGGUCAGACCAGAAUGGGUUAACCAAAGGAUUGCAGUUCAACUAUGAACAUGGGAGUAUCUCCAAGAUGUAUGAUAGCUGCCACAGUUGA